AUGUCGUUACUUUUGAGCCGCGGCGGCCGGAAGGGGCCCAUUGCCUGCCUGGUGGCCCUAAUCUUUAUCUUCGUCCUCUAUCAGCUGGGCAUCAUUUGCAGUUCCACCAAAUACGUCCCCGCGGCCAUGAUGGUCAGCAAAGAGAAAUACGUGGUCGGCCCGUACGAUCGCAAGACAUACCCAUACGAUCGUUACAUGCCGCUCAUUUUCAUUGGCGGUGUACCACGAUCCGGUACCACCCUGAUGCGUGCCAUGUUGGACGCGCACCCUGAUGUGAGGUGCGGACAAGAGACUAGAGUCAUUCCGCGGAUUCUUCAGAUGAAGAUGCACUGGUCCAAGUCCGAGAAGGAAAAUGUACGUCUCACCGAAGCAGGAAUCUCGAAGGAGGUGAUAGAUAACGCGAUAGCAGCAUUCUGCCUGGAGAUAAUAGCGCGGCACGCCGAGCCUGCACCGAGAUUGUGCAACAAGGAUCCACUCACCCUGAAGAUGGGCUCAUACAUCCUCGAACUUUUUCCUAACGCCAAAUUUAUAUUCAUGGUGCGCGACGGCCGUGCCACGGUGCAUUCCAUCAUAUCCAGGAAGGUCACCAUAACGGGUUUCGAUUUAUCAUCCUAUCGGCAAUCUCUCGUCAGGUGGAAUCACGCAAUUUCCGUAAUGUACGGCCAGUGUAAGGAGCUGGGACCGGAGAGAUGUCUGAUGGUCCCUUACGAGCAGCUGGUGCUACAUCCACGCCAAUGGAUGAAGAAGAUAUUAAAUUUCUUGGAUGUGCCGUGGAACGAGUCCGUCAUGCAUCAUGAGGAGUUCAUUAAUAAACCUGGCGGAGUACCUUUGAGCAAGGUCGAGAGAUCAUCGGAUCAAAUCAUAAAACCGGUAAAUCUAGCGGCACUGACCAAGUGGGUCGGUAACAUUCCCGAGGAAGUGGUAAACGACAUGGCGGAAAUCGCGCCAAUGCUCUCGGUGCUCGGCUACGAUCCUUACGCAAAUCCACCUGUCUACGGAGCACCGGAUAGUUUAGUUAGCGACAACACCAGACGGGUACUGGCCGGCGAAAAAAUUUGGGAGGAGAAAGCGCGGCAAUACCAUCUGUCUCACAGACCUGUAGAAACUAACGGCGGUAGCAACGAGGAAGCUGCCUCCAGCACGGUCCCCGUCGCGUGACCCCGCGUGAUUCUCUUAGGCGCGCGCGACACGUAACCAACUUCCAUCCUAAGUCGCACCGGCUUAGGAGACUCUCCUCUGUACUUGCAAAGUAAACUCGAUGACGACAAGUCGCGCCGAGAACGAUUAAUCGUCCUCGCCGCAUUCUAAAUCCCCUCCGUUAUCGCACCUCGACGACACGCACCUGGACAACGGAUUAAUCGAUCAUUUCUCGCGGUGUUUAUUUACCAUUGUCAGGCUCACGAAACCAAAAGACUUGUAAUAUUAGCCGACGAAAAAGCGCAAGGUGUCCCAGAAACAGAGGAUAAAACUUUGAAAUGAAACUCCGGCGAAGAAUUUCUCGGCGGCUCGUAGAACGUUACUGUGAAAUGUGCUGCAUCGCACGCAGCGGAGUAAACAUAUUUCUUUCAGCGAAGAAAGAAAACUAAUACUCGUCCUAAGAUCCGUCAACUUUUUAAAAUUUGACGUCCUCGCGAAAUUUUCUACCGCAGAUAAAAGGCAAAACUGGUAGUUCGAAAUUGUUGUCGGAGAAUUGUUUCCAAACGUACAAUUCUUUUUACGUUAGAAAAAGGAUUGAAUGUUUAGGUUUAAUCGUCUAUUUCUGGGACAUUAUGUUAGCGAUAGUUACAUAUAAUUGAUAUUCUUAGAAAUAGUAAUAUAUAUGUUGAAUAGUAAAAGUAUUAUCAAUUUGAAGUGCUCGAUAUAAAAGAAUGAAAACGAUUACAAAGUCCAAUUUGACGACACAAUUUAUUUCAAGUGCAAUAUAUUCAUAUUAAAAGUAGAUCUUACCAGUUUUUAUCAUAAACACAUUAUAAAUCCCAAUAUUUUAUUUCUAUUUGAUAGGGAUAAAUUUAUUAACGAUUAAUUAUCAAUGAUUGAGAAGUAAAAUUUGUCUAAAGAAAAUGUUCAAUUCAUUGAUUCUCAGCAUCAAAUGGUAAUUCUUUUAGAUUCAUAGGUAUAUAUGUAUCGUCCAGAAUUACAAAUAUUUUAAUAAUAUUACGAAAUAGAGCCCAAAUUGAUGAUGAUACCAGCGAUCUACGAUUACUGAUAUUGUAAACCGCGAGAACAAUAGACAUGAAAUUCGUCGCACUGAAGAGUUAUACGAUCAAAUAAUUUCGUCAUCGUUGUUAUCAAGGAUCGGACCUGCUGUUAUUACUCCGACAAGUUUAAUGGUUUAAAUGAAUCCUGUAAAAGUAAAAGCAGAGAUAUAUAUAUAUAUAUAUAUAUCGGAACAGUCCGGUCCUGUAUUUAGAUAAAAUAACAAAGCGAAGUUGAGCGAUGUAUCGUGAGAAGGGAGCAAACGAAAGCUAAUUAUUCCUGUUUACAAUAAAUACUAUUUUUGCUCGUUGCUACGUCUGAACUAUUCGCACAAUCGAAUCUCGGGCAUUGGAUUAAAUAGUUCGAUCAGUUUCGUUCUGUUCGAGCUGUCCGAACGUGAAUCUCGGAUGUUUCUACUUUCGAGUAGUUCAAUCGCACAAUUCGUUGGAAAAAUGUUUGUAUGAGCUCUAGUUCGGACCUUUGCUUUAAUAAGCGACGUCGACCAACAACGGCCAGUGAUCUUAAGAAGAGAAGUGUUUAGGAUAUUUAACGACGUGAGAUCAACUUCAAAUGCGCAAAGGACCAGAAAGUAAACGUUGCUUCCUUUUGUCCUUUACAAAUAAAAGUCUCGAGUUGGUCGAUCUAAGAGGAUAAUAAUCUCGCGGAAGUUCUCGGCUUUGUGCAUAACUUAAGAUACGGUUGUCUGAUAUGUUGACGACAAAGUUGUGCAAAAUGAGUUGAUCAAGUUAAGUAAUAUUUUUGAAUCGAUAUAAAUCUAAAAUAUAGAGUUCUACGUCGCCAAAGAUCGUCCAUGUGUUUUAUUUAUAUUGUUCUUAUUUUUUCGAGAAAGCUCAUUUCUGUUGCAACACCUUCAAUUAUUGUAAGCGUAUUCUACAAAGCCGAGAGAUUCGACAAGAUAGAUUAGGUUUUUAAUCCGUAUUUUCCCCCACCGCGUAUCGUUUACCAUCGGUCGUAACGAAUUGAUGCAUGAGAUUUAAUGACAUAUUUUAUAUUCGCCAUAGUUUUUAGCUAGCGUAAUUCAUCGUGAGUUUUCAGCGGGUGACAUUUAGUCCAUAUCUGUUAUAUUGCCAAUAUAAUUAUGAGCUUAUCAGGAACUUUAAAUUAGGUCGUUAGCCGUUAUCGUUUGUUAAACAUUAUGAAAAUUUCACAAAAGUUUUCGCAAAAGAUUUUUACUAACUAAUGCGAGAAAGAGCAGAAUCAGUUGGACGCACCAUGCAUAUUAGAGCGAAUUAAAAUCUGUUGUAUAUUAAUUGAUCUAAGAACUAAAACAUAAUAUAGGUGCUUUGAUCGAUGAAAUGCUCAACAUAUAUUCUGCUAAACUAUCUGAUAGUUGAUAUGUUAAGUAUUUUACGAUACAGCCAUUCAUGUAUUUAUUGUAUAUGCUAUCUUUAUACCACUUUGUCUAUGGUAGUUCUAACUUUUAAGACUUUCGUGGCUAUUAAUUAAUUAGUGUUGUGCCAAUGCUGUUAACAGACGCAGCAUCUAUCCAGAAGCCAUGACUAACUGAUUGUGUACAGUAUAGUGUUUACAGAAGAUUUAUCCUCUUUAGCAAUUCUUUUUGUAUUUGCAAUUUUCAGAUACUAUAUGUAAUAUGUAAUAUAUGUUUUACUUAAAAUACAAGAAACAUAAUGCAUAACAUAAUGCAACAGACCAAUAAUGCACGCUCUAAUGCAUCCAACUGAAUUCGCUGAAGAAUUAUAACUAAGUAAACGUCUUUCGUUCAAGAAAUACUUUAGUUUAAUGUUUCUUAUAAAUGUUUUAAAAAUCGUUUUCCUUUAAAGAUUCUUUAAAAGAAAAAGAAUUGCGAAUUUUUUUUUGAAAUUUUACUUAAAAUAUUAUUUAAUGAAAAAGCGACGCGAAGCUGUCGGUCCAAUCUAAUAUUUAUAUACGUGUACAUAAUAUCCACGAACUCUUCUCGAGCGUGAUGCGGCGCAGUUUUGUUAUUCACCGUUUUUUGUGGCAAUCACAUUAUACUUUUAAGAAAGAUACGACGCCGCGCUGUGACUAGACACGCAAAGAUUUGUCGAAAUCUUAACUAUCUGUAUCGAAUUGUGCAAUUAAAUUAUUUUAAUAU